CCCGCUUUCGUUUCGGUUUUCGGAGAGAGGUCCCAUCGCACGCCUCCCGCCACGUCCCGGUCCAGCCCCACGUACCCCCCUACCCACACCUUACACCGGCUGAAGCCGCAUUUUUUUUUCCCAAACCGCACCUCCCCCUUUCCUUUUUUAAUGUGGAAUUUCUGAAAACAGGUCACCUGUUUGGUCCACUCUUAUCACCGUUUGAUUAUUGAAAGGAAGAAAAAGUUGUUGUGUUUCUUAUUUUUUUUGUAAUUGGAUUUGCGUUCGGUAACUUUGUCGCCAUGGCUCGUAUGAACCGCCCCGCCCCCGUGGAGAUCACCUACAAGAACAUGAGGUUCCUCAUCACCCACAACCCCACCAACGCCACCCUGAACAAAUUCAUCGAGGAACUGAAGAAGUAUGGAGUGACCACCGUUGUCCGAGUGUGUGAGGCCACCUAUGAUGCCGCUCAGGUGGAAAAAGAAGGGAUUCAGGUUUUGGAUUGGCCCUUUGAUGACGGAGCUCCUCCCUCCAACCAGAUUGUUGACGAUUGGCUGAACCUCCUGAGGGCCAAGUUCCGUGAGGAGCCCGGCUGCUGCGUCGCUGUCCACUGCGUGGCGGGGCUCGGGAGAGCCCCGGUCCUGGUUGCCCUCGCUAUGAUUGAAUGUGGGAUGAAGUACGAGGACGCUGUCCAGUUCAUCAGACAGAGGCGCCGUGGCGCAUUCAACAGCAAGCAGCUCCUCUACCUGGAGAAAUAUCGUCCAAAGAUGCGCCUGCGUUUCAAAGACUCCAACGGCCAUCGCAACAACUGCUGCAUCCAGUAGGGUGGAAGUCCUCCACCAGCGCUUGCUAGCUCCCCCUACAGAACGCGGAGAAUGUUUGUGUUUUGAGGCCACGCCCCUGUCCCGCCCCCGUCCCUUCCCCAAUCAUUAAUUAAUUAUUAUGUAGAUGUAUCCAUAGGAAACCAUGACUGGCAUCACCUCUCAAACGACACCCAUUUUUGCCAGAUGACCUUGUUGUUAGAAGUGCCCUCCACCGUUUUAAAACUUGGUCUGAAAAAAUGUUCAAAAUACAGUAUCCCAGCUUCUGCUUUCUGGGUUGCUUGUCCAUUUUAUAAUGUUUAUAUACUUUAUCAAAGUUUGCAAAAAAAUAUCUGUGUAGGGCUUGUUGCCUGCUCAACUGUUUCCAGCCUCCAGUCGGCUAAAUUCAGCCUUAAAUUAGAUUUUUUUGGGAAAAGAUAAAAUAACCUAGAAUAACUAACUACAAAUUGAAAUUUAUAGCCAGCUAAACUACAGGUUUUUUAAAAAUUUUAAAUUGUAUUUUAUUUAGUGCCGGCUGUAAUAACUGUUGAUGUCCUGUGUUUGUUUUUAAAACCAAACUCUUCAGACAAAAGAAUCUUUAAUUGUACAGUUAAUCACCAAAAUCCUACAAUCAGAUUAUUGGCUCCAAAUACACACCAAAAGAAAAUAAGCUACAGUGCCAUUUAACCUUGGUACACAUGAAUCAGUGCAGAUGCGUUUCUAUGGUUAGCAGCCUAUCCAAUAGUCACCAACAGGAGAACAGUCCCAUUCACUUCUGUGGUGCUGCGUUCGGUUCCUGUUUUUACUGGUUGUGCAAGCCAAAAAGUGAGUGACCAUUUUUCACGUCACUUGAAAAUUUCCCCACUGCUAGUCGCUACAUGAACGGGGCAUGACUGCACGUGUGUAGAGGCGUAGACCAGAGGUCUGUUUGAAGCUAGCUGUGAAGUUUUAUUGAAUUUUAACCAUUUUAAAGUGAGAAAUUAUAAUGGCUUUCCUUAAAACACACGUUUAUAAUGGUAAUCUCUUGUUUUGAUGGAUUAUGAAGAAUGUUCUAGAGACAUUACGUGGUUAUUCCCACAGCCACCACCACCCGCCCAAAAUAGCAUUUAAAUGCAGUUCAAGUGCUAACAGCCCAAGAGUUACUUGGCAACCAUUGUGAUGUAGAAUGGCUAACGGGUUUUUUAAAUUUUUUUUAAAUCAGGUGACUACUGACUACUUUCAGCGGUGGUUUUGAAAUUGGAAGAGUGAGGGCAGUACUACUGAAAUCCUCAAAAAAAUUUCUGUGUAGGAUUUUAAAAUUUUCUUUAAUCAGUCUUGGUGAAGUCUCCUAUCUCGCGACGGGCAUGUCCGUGUUCACAUGACCGGCUCUGAGGAGAGUCUUUAUCGGUGUGUGUAAAGAGCGCCGCGGACGGAAUCUUCUGGAAUGCGGUCCCGGCCUCGGGCACGGUGCGAGCGCGUGGCCGCGUGCUCUCUGCUGCGUCGGCAGCGGCGCCCGUCGCUCUGUCCCGCUACCUCUGCCCGAAUUCUUGGGCCCAUUAGCAUUAAAUGUGUGCAGGCGCGCUCCAGCGAUGGUAAAAGUUUCUCCCUGCCUGACAGUGAAUGGAUAUGCAGUACACAGUCAAAUGUCCAGCAUUAAUUCUUCUAGCCAUGUUAAUUUAACUCUUAACAUUGGUAAUUCAACUCUUAACAGAUAACAUUUGGUUAGGAGUUGAGUUGAAUUAACACGCUACUACACCAGACACCUACAUUACUGUGACCCCCACCAAUAAAGGAAAGCUAACUUUGAGCCAACGUGUCCCCACAAUGCAUCACUUCAAACAUGGCAGCCACUGUGAAUGAGGCCUGUGGGACUGUUUGUGACUAUAUAAAUACUCGGAACGAUUUUUAAAGACCAGUAUUUAAAACCACGUAGGAUACUGCGGUUAGGCGGAAGUUCAGAUUCGUCGGCAAUUACAGAUCAGAAUAGACUUUUAUUACGGUUAAAACUAUGAAAAGUGUAGUUAGGUGCCAAACUCGUUUUCCUUUGUUUUGUACGAACAUACAUGCCAUUAUAAGAUUAGUGACACGGAGACCAGUUUGAUCAGUUUCUCUUUUCAGUGUCUGUCUUGAAGGAAAUGUUUGAUGUUGGGAAAAUGGGUACGCAUUGUGUAUAUACUGCUUUUUGUUUACUCCUUUAAUUAUCUUUUUAAACGGAGGGCAUUUUAUUGUUUUUUGCACGUAUUACCUUUUUUUUUUUUUUAACAGUUAUUAAAUGACUUUGGUAUAACAUCUAAAAACUUAUCUGAUCCUAAACCUCCAUUUUGUUUCAAUCUUUAGAAGCACAUGACGUCCUUCAGUCGGUCUCAUUUUUAAAAAAGCCUUACGGUUUAUUAGAGGAACAAGUCCCUCCGCUGGAGGCCUGGUCAUGAACUUGGAAGGGGUGUUUAAUACAAUUUGGAUAAACACGUUGCCUUCGUCUUGCAGGAUACAUGCCCUUCAGUAACUAUUUUUAAUACAGUACACAGAUGCUUUAUUGUAGUUAAGGAAAUUGUCUAAUGAUCCUGAAAACUAGGAUUUUUUUUUCCCUCCCCCCAUUUAAAUGUGUGUACCAACUUUGUUUACCAACUACUGCUUUGUCUAAAAAUGUGAUUUCUUUCGUUGGCUUCAAACUGGACAUCAAUGUCUGCAAUAUUUUGUAUGCCUUUUUAUUUGAUCUGCAUAACUUAAUACUUGGAUACUUGAUAAUUUAUGUAUUUGAAACGGUGAUGUGUUAAUGUUAGAUCAACUAUUUAUACUGUAAAUGGGAACGCGUGCUGUAGUUCUGUGGGAGAAGUAACUGGCCAGUGUUUACCAGCUUGUGAGAGAGCUUGUAUGUGGAAAUAAACACUGAAAUGCAAAUA